ACGGGAAAAGACGAAGAUGCUUGGUCUCCGCCACAAGAUGCUUCUGCAGCGACGCAGCUUCCAUGCGUCGGCCGCGCGAUCGCUCCUCGUUCGGUCGCUCGAUGGGCUACUCGCGGAUGGCAAGGUCACGAAUGUCGACAGCGUCGAGUCCCGGCGGUACUUGACCCGCGACGACGGUCUCGGCUUCUCGCUCCAGCACGAAAUCAUCUCCAAGGGCACGCCACUGCGCUUGCACAUGAAGAACCACGUCCAAGCUAUGUACGUCAUCCUGGGCGAAGGCUCGCUCGAGAUCCAUAGCGCGGUGCACCACAGCCAUGCGCUCUCGCCCGGCACGUGCAUUGCGAUCGAUGAGCAAGAGGACUUUUCCAUUGUCGCGUCGAGCGCUGAGCUCCAUGUGCUCAGUGUGACCAACCCGCCGCUUGUGGGCGACGAAGGGCCCGACAGCGACCGCGUGAUCCCAGCCAUCGAUACCCAAGGCAACGCGUAUGCUGAGUACUCGCAGGCUAUCGUCGACCGACUCUUCCGCCCGCCCACAUCGCUCAAGGGUGGCAGCGCACCCAUGAAGGACCACCCUCUCUUUUAACUCGUUAACAUGCUCGACAUGGAGCCCUUCUUGGCAUGGCCAAGUGCACCUGUAGCUCCUACAGUACUCAUCUCUGGCGCCCUCGUCGUACCUUGA